UUCCUCGCCGGCCGACCAGGACCAUCCCGUGGAUUCCCGUAGCCUCCUACCUCAGCUACCUCCGACCCUGCCCUCACCAACACCCGACCCAAGCUGGGAUUUUUAUUCUUCUAUUCCCCUUCCCCUUCCCCUCCCCCUCCCCCUCCCUUCAGAGCAGAGUAGGUUGCUUCUCAAUCGGGUCAACCCGGUCCGGACCUCCCCCUCCCCGCCGGAUCUUGCCCACCGAUCCCCGCCGCCGUCCUCCGAUCCAUAGUCCCCCGAGGAACAGAGCAGCUCAUGGUGGGGCAGACCAUGAUGCGCAUCGUGCGCCCCUGCUUCAAGCCCUCGCUGCCCGACGGCGCGCAGGUCGUCGCCGCCGGGGGCGGCGGCACCAGGGAGGGCCUGCUCUGGUACAGGGACGCCGGCCGCCACGCCUGCGGCGACUUCUCCAUGGCCGUCGUGCAGGCCAACCAGCUGCUCGAGGACGCCAGCCAGCUCGAGGCCGGGCCCCUCGUCGCCGCCGACGGGCCCUGCGCCACCUUCGUCGGCGUCUACGACGGCCACGGCGGGCCCGAGACCGCCCGCUUCGUCGCCGAUAACCUCUUCCACCACCUAAAGAAGUUUGCGACGGAACAACAAACCGUGUCGGCCGACGUGAUACGCAGAUCCUACGCUGCCACGGAGGAGGGGUUUCUGAACCUUGUGAGGAAGCAGUGGCUCAUCAAGCCGCAGAUCGCCUCGGUCGGUACGUGCUGUUUGGUUGGCAUUAUCAACGAAGGGGUCCUCUACAUAGCAAACACCGGUGAUUCUCGUGCUGUCCUCGGGAGACUUGAGCGGGGCGUCAAAGACAUUAGGGCUGUUCAGCUCUCGUCCGAGCAUAACGCGAGCUUUCAGGAGGUAAGGGAUGAGCUAAGACAGAUGCACCCAGACGACCCGCGGAUCGUGGUCCUCAAGCACAAUGUUUGGCGCGUGAAGGGCAUUAUUCAGGUUUCCAGAACGAUCGGUGACGCCUACCUAAAAAGUUCGGAGUUUAACCGCGAGCCUCUUCUGGCACGGUUCCGUAUUCCAGGGCCCUUCCAUAAACCAAUUCUUUGUCCGGAACCAUCCAUUGAAGAACACAGACUGUGUGCAGAAGAUCAGUUUGUUAUAUUUGCGUCAGAUGGACUAUGGGAGCACUUGAGCAAUCAGGAAGCUGUGGAUAUAGUUCACUGUUCACCUCGGAAUGGCAUUGCGAGACGACUAAUAAAAGCAGCUCUGCGGGAGGCGGCAAAGAAGAGAGAAAUGAGAUACUCAGACUUGAAGAAGAUCGACCGCGGGGUCAGGAGGCACUUCCACGAUGAUAUUACUGUUGUGGUAUUAUUCAUGGAACCCGCGCUUAUCAGCAGGAGGCUCUACGGUGGGCCGUUGCUUUCGCUAAGGGGUGGUGGCAGCACGCCAACGUUUGCACAGAAAUGCUGAACAUCCAUCACUGAUGCUUUCUGGAAAUAUCCUCCUAUAUAUCGUUCAUAUCUUGGGCUGCUGGUGCUCUCCACACGACAUGCAGACACUGCGUAGAGCGGUGCGUGGAGGAGCCGUAUUGUUUUGACUUCUAAUAUGUACAGAUAGAGAGAGAGAGAGAGAGAGAGAGAGAGGCGUUGUUCGAUUCGAUCGCCGCGUCAUCGGUGUGAUGACAUGACCCUCUGUUGGCUCGCUCGCUCGGAGAAACCUAAGCUGGCAGCUGCAAUGCAUAAUUUGCAGGUAUCAGCUGGUGUUUCUCUUUUCGCGGGGUGGAUGGACCUGAACUUGAGCAGUAUUUUAAGAAACAUGGGAUUAAGACAUUGCCGGAUGCUGUUGUUACAUCUCAUGGCCUCUCCUUCAUUUUGCAGCUGUCCAGCUUUCUGUUUGAGGUCCCCAUUGUAUUUUAAGCUUUAAGCUGGAUGCACCUGUGUGAAAUGUGGAUGUUGGGGCAGAGUUGGAUUAGCAUUAGCCAUGGACUUUGUAAAGAGUAUAUGUCCAUUUUGCCAAGACAAGGACUAAAAAAAAAUUCUACUUUUAA